AUGAAAACCUCUAACAGAAGACAAGAUCGCAUAUGGUUCCUGGAAACGUCAAAUAGAACGAGACUCAACGCAAAAGAAGCCUGCAGCAUCGAGUCCGCUUGCCGGCACAACAAGAACUACAUCAUACAUUUGCUCUCUACCGGAAAUAUCAGCACGUAUGAAUGCCAAUACAUUCGUCUGCUUUCAAAAUUACCGAAUUUUCAGCACUCGGGACUUAACCCGAGCGCAGAACUGGCGGAGACUCCGUUGGAACCAUUGUACGCGGAAGGAGGAGCACUGCAUCGAAGCCCGUAUUUUGUGGCACAUCUGAGCGAUUUCCUCCGGUACGUCGUGCUUUGGAGUCGCGGCGGUGUUUACUUAGACACUGACGUGAUCGUGAUCAGGUCUCUGGAAGGAAUCAAGAAUAGCCUAUUCUAUCAGUCGAGAACUCCAGGUGAAUCUGUGGCAAAUGGUAUUCUCUUUUUUGACAAGCAUCACCCCGUGCUCAGAGCCCUUAUCAGUGAACUCCUGGCUGUGUCGGCCAUGUUGGAGAUGGCUACAUCUCCCAAAGUAACAAGCAGCCACCGCCUGUGUGGGUUACCCCCUCAAUUUGGUCCCUUGGUAUCGACACCCAGAAAGUUGGCAACUCCGAUGACAAGCCCGGCGGUCUAA